CUGGUGGCGGCAGCAGGAGGCAAGUGACUGGUCCUAGGCUGUCACUGCCAGUACCUCGCGCACCGCCCCAGCACCCGCCGCCGCCACCCACCCAGAAAUCCCAGUAACAAUAACAGUACUACAGCAUGGCGCCACACGGGCCUUCUGUGGGAUGGAGCGCUGGCGCCGGCCGGCCCACAGUCGUCCAACCCUCAGCCUUCGCCAGAGGUGGCGAGGCUGGCAUUAACUGUGGCUGCUGUACGUGCUGUACUUGUAUUCAUCUCGGCUUCCUCAGAUCCAAGUUCGGCUGGCUCAAGAUAAUCCAACUGGUCUUGUCUGCAAUCAGCCUUACUCUGGUGAUGAACUACGGGCUACCCUACAGCUCAAGAAUAGGAGAAUCCUUCACCUUCUACAUGGUCACCAAUUCUGCCUGCAUUCUGGUGGUCAGCCUCCUAACAUUCUGCUACCUCAUCUCUGCUAACUCCUUCAGUCUCAUCCGCUCGUCUGUGCUGGAGGUAGUGUUUAACACCUUGGCCUGCCUCAUGUAUCUGACGGCUGCACCGUACCUGUCAUGGUCAGUCCAGACCUUCCUGUGGAUCUCAUACCUUACCACGCCCUACUUCACAGUCUACCCGGCUAUGACGGCCACUUAUAUCCUGGGACUGGUGCUAGGAGUGGUUCAUGGUGUCGACGCUUGGCUCUCCUACAGGACGUUUUCAGGUCGCCCAUGUUAAUUCCAGCUUACCUGUGAGGAAGUAACCCCAUGGGCUUAAUGUGAGCACUUGAAGUUAACUUUAUACCGGAAAGCGUAGUUUUAUACAAUUAGAUGUAGCGAGUCAAUAAAGUGUAUUUAUAAAAUGUG